AUGGCGGGGCCAGUAUUCACACUGGACUCGAGUCCUAAGAUUGACGGCGAUGGGAGGAUUACAUUCUACGUGUUCAUCUGCGCCCUCAUUUCAGCUACCGGUGGCCUCAUGUUCGGCUACGACAUUGGAAUCUCAGGCGGGGUGACGGCCAUGGAUGACUUUCUGGAGAAGUUCUUUCCGGCGGUGUAUGCUCGGAAGUUGAGAACCCAUGAGAACAACUACUGCAAAUUCAACAGCCAAAGGCUCCAAGCCUUCACUUCCUCUCUCUAUUUAGCGGCGAUGGUCGCCACCUUUUUGGCCGCUUGGGUUUGCAAGAAAUAUGGGCGGAGGCCGACGAUGAGAGCGGCGUCUCUCUUCUUCUUGGGUGGAGUUGCGCUCACUGCUGGUGCCGUUAACCUCCCCAUGUUGAUCAUCGGAAGGAUCCUCCUCGGCCUUGGGGUUGGCUUUGCUAAUCAGGAUACCAAAUUAUUCGGUAGGUUUGUCAUUAAGAUGUAA